CUGACUGUCGAUUCUCACAACGGUUAAGCUUCUCGUACAAGCGCAGAUGUCACUGUUCAACGAUGAACUACCAAACGUGAACGUGUAGAGGACUUUCAUUACAAAUUUUACUAUGAAAAGGCGAUAAGUAGAGAACGCGCAAUAAUAAUUUUAGUCAUAUAAAUUACAAACUUUUUCGCGAUUAUCAAUCUGAAUCCCUUUUAUACCCCAACAUUUUAAGGAACAACGCGUUCUAUUCUAGAUUUUAUAUAGCGUUAACAGAUGUACCGGAUGUGACAGGCAGCGUAACAAUUCUUAAGGUUAAGUGACAGCUUUUUUAUAUCGUGAUUUUUUUUUUUAACUCGCUAAAUUGUUCUAAACAAUGCCAGCGCCAAACUCUAUCAGCGUAGCAGUAAUAUGUUCUAGCAAUAUGAAUAGGAGCAUGGAAGCUCAUGCGUUCUUGAGUAAAAAGGGAUUUAAUGUAAAGUCGUUUGGAACUGGUGAUAAAGUCAAACUUCCUGGUAAUGCACCUGAUCGUCCAAAUAUAUAUGAUUUUGGAACAUCGUAUGAUGAAAUCUACAAUGAUCUUUUAUCAAAAGACAAGCAAUACUAUACGCAAAAUGGUUUAUUGCAUAUGUUAGAUAGGAACCGUAGAAUAAAACCCAAGCCAGAACGAUUUCAGUUAUCAAAGGACAAAUUUGAUAUUUUAAUCACUUGCGAGGAGCGUGUAUAUGACCAAGUAAUUGAAUGCAUGGAAUCUAGAACUCAAGAAGAUAAUCAACCAGUACACUUGAUUAAUAUUGAUAUUCAGGAUAAUCAUGAAGAAGCUACGGUUGGAUCAUUCCUCAUUUGUGAAUUAGUCACUGUGCUGGCCAAUAGCGAAGACUUAGAUAACGAUAUAGACGAACUACUUCACGAAUUUGAAUCAAAAUUUGCAAGAACGAUCUUACACACAGUACUUUUUUAUUGAAAAGCCUGUAUUAAGAACUUGGUGUUCAUCAACGACUUAACUUAUAAAAGCAGACUAAAUUAUAUACUAUAAAUGUACCACCACAUUCUGCAAGGCAGAUUAUGUGGAAUGAAUUCCGUUUUCGCAAGUAGGAAUUCGAUCUGCGCUUCCUGUUUAAUGAAUUACUGCUUUUCACGGAAAUUGUUUCAAAGAUCUGUUAUGUUCAUAUUAUAUCUAUAAUUCAUGGCGAGAUAUACAAAA